GUUUAGAAUUUAUAUGCUGCAAGAAGAAUAGAAGAAAAUCAUAACAAUAGUUGAGAGCAAACCCAAACAAAUUAUUGACAAGAAAUAUGUUUACAAUAGAGUAAAGGAAAGUUUUAAUAAAAAUUCACCCGCACAUAAACAUUCACAACAAAAUUUCAAACAUAGUAAAUAAGGUGUCCGCGCAUGUACGCGGGCUUCUUUCCUAGUUAGAAAAAAAAGAUCGAUUUUUGAUGUGAAAAAAAAACAGUCACACGACAAAUAAUUGGCCCAUAUAGUUGAGAUUAAUUAUGUACAUGCAUGCUUGAUCGUGACAAAUACAGGUCAUCACACCAAGCUGGCAGUAAUCGUUGGAGCUACGACUGGGUCGUCUCUUGCGAUCAUGGCGCUAUGAUUCAUUCUCUCGCGGUUUAGAUGGAAAUACGGAGACGGAGCAUUUCAAAUCGACGGAAAAAAAAACUACUGGACCUAGACAGUUCCAGUACGCCGAUUUGGUUGCUGCCACAAACAACUUUACGAUGGAAAUAGGGAGAGGUGGAUAUGGGAUAGUCUACAAGGGAAGAAUGAGGUGCUUAGAGGGGCAACCAGAAGUGGCCGUAAAGGAAAUGCAGAAAACUGGAGCAGUCAAGGAGACAAGGACGACUUCUAUAAUGAACUCAACACCAUUAGUGAAGCAAGGCACAAGAACCUAGUCAAGCUAGAAGGUUGGUGCUGCCAUAUAAAUGCCUGGAAUUUGUGUGAUUUCUUGUGUUGGUACCGCCAGAAGCACAACAUCACAUUCUUCCUUGUCUACGAAUUGGUACGUAAUGGCAAUCUCGACGACCACCUAUAUGGAAAGAAGGGCACACUACAGUGGCCAAAGAGGUUUGAACGCCAAGCUUGCCGACUUCGGGCUGGCGAGGAUCACGGAAAACGCCAAGGGCAAACUGCUGAUAGUGGCCAUGGGGUCAAUUGAUCAGUACAUAGCUCCAGAGUACAAGAUACACGGCGAGCUUGAAUUAAUAUCCAGCACCGACGUCUACAGCUUCGGACUCGUCCUCCUAGAGAUCGCUUGUACCAGGAAAGACAGGGAGCAGAUCUGGAACGAUAUGUACAUGAACCACGCCGGCGUGGCUGCCGUCGCCGAUCCCAACAAGCUGAAGGGCGAGUUCGACAAGAGGCAGAUGGAGCGUGUGAUCAUCCUGGGGCACUGGUGCUCUAUGAAAGACCCAAUAAAGCGGCCUACCAUGAGUGAUGCUAUGGAUGUCCUGCAGCAGUACGACUACAGGAAUCUGCCAGAUUUCAACUCGCUCAGAUGAGAUCUGAUCAGUGUCAAGUCGAAUGUGGUCAGGUGUGUCUAGAGCACCCUGCAGGCAACCGGUAAUAUAUCCCUUAAUCGCUAGCAUCCUCAGCCACGCAUUCACAAGAUAGUCAACUGUGUGAAGAUCUCCUGGUGUUUGAUCGAUCACUUGUGGUUAACGCAACAUUAUUGUUUUACUUUUUGUAUAUAUAGGUACGGAUAUGGCGCAUCAUCGGAUUGCAAUAUUAUUUCAGUUUUCAUAUUGAAUUCGAUUUGUUUUUCAGUUUACUG